AUGUGUGUACAAAUGAAAUGGAAAUUUGUAAACAAUGACCGACUAAAUGAGUCGUGUCUGAAUGGUAGCAAACUGCACUUAAAUAGCAAGGGCUCUGCUUACCUAGCUACUAACUUCCUUAAGGCGUUAAAUACUAGUAAGCAAAACAUCAAAGAGACCAGUUGGACCAAGGACAACCAUCAAAAUUUUCGGAAGACCAAAGCUCUUCUUACCUCCUUAAUACAAGGCCUUCUAUAAAUGAUAUAAAUAAUUCCGCUACAAAUUCCCAUAUUGAACUAGAUAAUGAUACCCAAGUUCAUCCAAAAACUCCGACAGAUUCACCUAAUAGAUUUUCAAGUAGCGCACACGUGCAGCCAAAUUUGGGUAUUCCAGUAACUAGAUGAUUUAAAAUUGCUUCUAUUAAUUUGGCCAACUUGUAUAAAAAUAUUGACCAGCUUAGGAUCUAUAUGCUGUCCAAGACAGAUGAUAUACUAGCUAUUAAUGAGACUCGUCUUGACAGCUCUAUUCAAAAUGGUGAGGUCAGUAUCCCUUGAUAUACCCUUGAAAGGAAAGAUAGAAAUAGAAAUGGGGGUGGUGUGGCCCUCUAUAUUGGGGACUCAAUAAAUUAUAAGCCUCUCAUUGACCUCCCGGAUGAUAACAUGGAACUGAUCAGUAUCCAAGUGUUGAAACCGAAAGCAAAACCAUUUAUUGUGUGCACUUGGUAUAGGCCUCCAGGGUCCACCACUGAAUUGAUGAACAGAUUUGAAGAUGUAUUGCAAAAAUUGGACUCAUAUCAUGUGGAGGUUGACAUUAUCGGUGACCUAAAUUGUAAUGUUGGUGCAACAUCACCAGAUUGCAGCACACAAAAACUACUAGAUAUC